UUGCAGCCAUGCUACGUGUGCAACAGUACCGGUCACAACUGCAGAGCCUUGCCCAGGACUCGACCCGUGAUAGAUGAGGAUAGCACGGAGAUCACCGGGAACGCACUCAACUUUGGCUUCGAAUCCGUUACACCCCCAGAGCACACAGACGAUGAAGAACCAACUGGAAUACAAAAUUCAGACUUCGUGUUAUACGUCAGUGCAGUUGAAACAGCGCGUUGCAAAAGAGGGUUGACAGUUGCGUACGCGUCGCAUUGUCAGCAGGAAUCUGCAUUAGAUAGGCCCGUGGCAGGUCACGCCAACUUCUGCCCAGGAGAACUGUCAACGAAGUACCGAGACUUGCCGUCUGUCAUGGCGACUGUCAAACACGAAAUGCUACACGCUCUCGGGUUCAGUUUGUCACUGUUCGCCUUUUUCAGAGAUGACGCUGGAGAGCCCCUGACUGAAAGACGCCCCGACACAGGAAACCCACCCUUAGAUGAAGAACUGCAAAUCCACAAGUGGUCAGACCGCGUGGUGAAGAACGUGACUCGGAAAAACUGGAUGAUCAGGGGAGGAUACAUGGAGAGGACCUUCUACAUGAUGGUCACUCCCAGGGUGGUUAAGGAGGUCAGAGACCACUUCAACUGCUCCGAGUUGGAAGGGGCUGAAUUGGAGGACCAGGGAGGUGAUGGAACAGCCCUCACUCACUGGGAGAAACGUGUGUAUGAAAACGAAGCUAUGACCGGCACGCACACCCAGAAUUCCGUCUUCAGCAGGAUAACCUUCGCUAUGAUGGAAGAUACGGGCUGGUAUCGCGCCGAGUACUCCCAAGCAGCGCCCCUGGACUGGGGCAAAGGCCUGGGCUGCCAGUUCGCCAUGUCUUCUUGCAAGCAGUGGCUCAAUACACAAAGGUUGAGACGAAAAAACCCGGCGCCAUUUUGCGAGCGCAUAAAAGGCAGCCCGCUGCGCACCGAAUGUUCGCCGCGACGGACCGCCGUGGUGCUUUGUAACCUCGUCAGACACGACACUAUACUCCCUAGGGCUUAUCAGCACUUCGACAUCCUUCCCAACAUUGCUCCAGGCGAGGAAGCCCAUUACGGAGGCUCGGUCACUCUCGCCGACUACUGUCCGUACCUCCAGGAGUUCACGUGGAAACACAAGAGCGUGGUGGUCAGAGGCAGCCGCUGUUCGUUCGAGGAGAACACUCCAAAGACUGAUGUAAACUUCGCUUUAGAGAACUACGGUCAGCAUUCAAAAUGCUUUGACCACAGUGACAGGGUGUGGGAGCAGAAAUCGUGCCGUCAGAUCCGCGAGUGGCAGCACUGGGGUUCGGGCUGCUAUAAAUACAAAUGUGACCACGGACGCAUACACAUCGUGGUUGGAAACUACACGUAUACAUGCUACCACGCGGGACAAGUGUUGCAGAUUCGAAUCAUCAAGAGGGGGUGGCUUCAUAAAGGGGGUGUGGUGUGCCCCCCUUGUAGGGAGCUUUGUGGGGCUGAAUUUGCUUCACGCAAAGAAUACUGCAAAGGUGGUGAAGAACCCCCUCCCCCGAACUUAUAUCCCAACGACAUUCUAACGUGUGGUGGCGCCACCGUGGCACCGGUCGCCAUCUUGUGUGUGGCGGCCAUUUUGUUCAACCUACUCCGACCUUGAACGUUGCGCUCAAUAUUGUGUGUGUAUGAAGCGAGUAUGCCAAAAAUAUUGUUACCUUUUAUUGUAGGUAAAAUUACCCUAUAUUACUUGAAAGUAACCAGUUUUUUAUUUAUGAUGUCAGUUUUAUAUUUUACAAAAUAAAAUAUAUUCAUGUAU